UCUACGCCCACCGCUUUGUACUCGUACUUUUUCUUUCUCUCUCUGAUUUCUUUGCUUGUUGCUUUCUCUCUCUUCGAUCCCUAGGCGAUCGAUGAAUGCAGAUUUGAAAGUAACCGAUUGAAGGACAACCUCUUCAUAGGUAUGACUUGCUAGGAUUGAUUUGUCGAAAUGGCUGGAAAUCCGAGAUUUGAAUUGAGUUCAGCUAGCACUGAUUCGAGCUUUCAUGGAAACUAUGCACAGAGGGGUACCUAUUCUGGUCCAAGUUUGGGUAGAUCUGGAAGCUUCAGACACGGUUCUGACGUCCAUACAUUGAAUUCAGGAAAGGGUACACCAAGGGGAAGUGGUCCAUCAACCGGGGAUGUAUCUACAUUGUCUCAGUCUCUGAUGUUGGAGCCCAUUGUAAUGUUAGAUCAAAAGUAUCCACGGUCAGGUGAGCUAAGGAGGGUUCUUGGUUUCUCUGGUGGGAGCAUGUCAGAGGAUAAUUCUUUUGGCGCUACUCAUUUAAGAAACUCACCUCCUGUGGCGGUAGAGGAGUUAAAGAGGUUUAGAGAGAGUGUUGCUGAUACAUGCAUAAGAGCUAGUGGUAGAGCAAAAAAGUUGGAUGAACACUUGCAUAAACUGGGCAAAUAUUUUGAGGCUACCACCUCCAAGAAGCAGCAGCGGAAUGAGCUAUUAACGAAUGAAAGGCCAGGUAGCGCAUGUUUGAAAAUUGGAAACCAGAUGAAUCGAAGCCCCUCUGACAUUGCGCUUCAAAAGUUGGAGGAUCGAUCUAAGAAUGGUACACUUAAUAAGCGUGUCCGAACAUCAGUGGCAGAAAAUCGGGCGGAGGGAAGGAGCAAUGGCUUACCAAGGCAGCCUUUGAUGAUGCCCAAAGACACGGUUAGAGAUCAUAAUAUGGAUUCUCACAUUGUUGAAGAAAAGAUUCGCAGAUUGCCAGCUGGAGGGGAAAGUUGGGACAAAAAAAUGAAAAGAAAACGUUCAGUUGGUGCAGUCUCUGCUAGACCUAAUGAGAGUGAUGGAGAACCAAAGCGAACAGUUCAUCAUAAGCUCACCAAUGAAUCUGGGUUGCAGCCUUCUGAUUCCCAGAGUUUUAGAUCUGGAGCGCCUAAUGUUACUGGUAGCAUUAGUAAGUUGGAUGGUACUUUAUCACCUGCCAAUUUGAAUACUCGUGCUACAAUUAAGGUUGAACAGGAUAAGUCCACUCUCUCGAGGGAACAUCUUGCCAAAGGAAGUGCUAAGUUGAGCAAUCGUGAAGACAAUCAUGUUAUCUAUCCUAGUCCAGUGGCAAAAGGAAAGGCCUCAAGGGCACCACGUAGUGGCUCAACAGCAACAAACUCGAUAUCUAACACUUCUCGAGUAUCUGGAACAUUAGAGAGCUGGGAACUGUCACAGAGCAUAAACAAGAACUCCACCAAUGGAGCCAACAAUCGCAAGCGCGCUUUGCCAUCAGGUUCUUCCUCCCCACCCAUAACUCAGUGGGUUGGUCAGAGGCCACAAAAAAGUUCUCGCACUAGGAGAGCCAAUCUCAUUUCUCCUGUGUCGAACCAUGAUGAAUUGCAGACACCAUCUGAAGGGUGUUCCCCUUCUGAUUUUGGCUCCAGAUUGACAUCUAGUGGAACUAAUAUUUCUCUUAUUCCCAAGGGGCCAGCAAGCAGUGCCCAGAAUCUUAAAGCUAAACCUGAAAAUGUUUCAUCCCCUGCUAGAUUUUCAGAAAGUGAAGAAUCUGGUGCUGGUGAAAACAGAGUUAAAGAGAAAGCAGUGGCUAGUAGUGAAUUAGAGGAGAAAGCUGUUAAUGCUGCUCAGAGUGUUGGAACUUCCCCAUUGCUUCUGAAGAAGAAUAAACUUUUGGUUAAAGAAGAAAUUGGUGAUGGUAUACGGCGGCAAGGGCGAAGUGGAAGGGGCUCCUCAGUUUCUAGAGCUAGUAUUUCACCAGUCAGUGAGAAAUUGGACAGUGUGCCUGCAACUAAGCCAAUUCGAAGUGUGAAGCCUGCCUCUGAUAAGAGUGGAAGUAAGUCAGGCCGUCCUUUGAAAAAGGCAUCAGACCGCAAGGGCUUUUCUCGUCUUGGGCAUGCUAUCAGUGCUGGUUCACCAGAUUUCACUGGGGAAUCAGAUGAUGAUCGGGAAGAGCUUUUGUCAUCUGCAAAUCUUGCUUACAAUUCUAGUGUCCUUGCAUGUUCAAGUGCAUUUUGGAGGAAGGUAGAGGGAUUAUUUGCUUCCAUCAGCUCAGAGGGAAAGUCAUACUUAGCAGAGCAGCUAAAAUUGUCAAAGGAACUGCAUGAAAGGCUUGCUGAGACGCUUGGCAAUGGAGGUGCUAUUCAGGGAAAUUGUUCACACGAUGAAAUUUCUUUAUCUGAUGCACUUUCUGGAGAGAGAAGUAGAAGCACUCAAAAUAAAAGUGAAUCAAGAGACUUGUGUAAUACAGAUGAUUCAGUCGAUCAAGUUCAUAAUUCUACUUUGUGUGGAGGACUGGAUGCAGGAAGGAGAUUCGACCAUGUUACUCCACUUUACCAAAGGGUGCUAUCAGCUCUCAUCAUAGAGGAUGAUGUUGAAGAAUUUGAUGACAAUGGAUGGGAAAGAUGUAUGCCACAUCAGAAUGCUGUAGUGGCUUCACCUGAUGAUGCUUGCUUUGUUGAUGCUGAAAGCAAGCAUAGGAAUGGGGAAUUUGAAUGCGAAUCUGUAUAUGGGGUUCAUACUCAGAGCAAUGGCCAUGCAAAUAGAUUGUUUUCGCAUCAUACGAGCAGCAAUUAUACUAGAAAAUCCAGAGUGCUAGAUUCUCCAUGUGACAGUGAACUAUCACAACGAGAGAAUGGCUAUGUGCACUCUGAGGUUCAAGUUUUUGUUGGUCUUUCUGGUAGUGAUUUGGAUGGAGAACAAAGUCAUCGUAGCUCUUCUAUUGAGUGCCAAUAUGAGCAAAUGUGUCUUGAAGACAAAAUCCUCUUGGAGCUCCAUAGUAUUGGUCUAUAUCCAGAAACUGUGCCUGAUCUCCAUGAUAAAGAGGAUGAAGUGAUCAAUCAGGAAAUCAUUCAGCUGAACCGCGGACUUUAUCAACAGGUUAUUAAAAAGAAGAGUCGCCUGGAAAAGAUCUAUGAAGCUAUUCAAGGAGGACAAGAUGUCGAAGGAUCGGACCUUGAGCUUGUUGCAAUGAAUAAGCUUGUAGAGAUUGCUUACAAAAAACUCUUGGCUACUCGAGGAAGUCUUGCUUCUAAAAAUGGGAUGCCUAAGGUGUCAAGACAAGUUGCACUGGCUUUUGCAAGGAGAACGCUUGCUAGAUGUAAGAAAUUUGAGGACUGCAGAGUGAGUUGUUUUAACGAGCCUGCUCUCCGGGAUAUCAUCUUUGCACCUGCUCCUCAAAUCAGUGAAGUUGAGCCGUUGACUGGUGGUCGCAUUGCAGAUACUUCUCGCAAUAAAACUGGGGGUGAUACAUUUGACAAUUACAGUCAUCAGUCUGAACAAGCUUUUGCAAAGAAUGGGCCUAUUUUGAACAGAGGGAAGAAAAAAGAAGUACUGCUUGAUGAUGUUGGUGGUGCUGCCAUUAGAACCACAUCACUUGGGAGUAGCCUUUUGGGUGGCGCAAAGGGAAAGAGAAGUGAGAGAGAUGCUUCUGUGCGUAACAGUAUUACCAAAGCUGGCCGCUCAUCUCUGGGUAACUCUAAGGGUGAGCGGAAGACAAAAACAAAGCCCAAACAGAAAACAGCUCAACUUUCUACAUCUGGAAAUGGAUUCAUGAAUCCAGUCUAUCCUUCUUCAGCUGGUGGCUCUGGUGAAUUGAUGAACAAUAGUGGAAAUAGAAAAAGAGAGGUUGGUUUGAUUUCCCCUGGUAAUGCUCCUCCGGAUUCAGUGAAGGAGAAAAAGGAAUCUCUUGAGUUUGCAAAUAUGCCGCUGAAUGAUAUAGAUCUCCCGAUGGAAGAACUAGGUGUAGGACCUGACAUUGGAGGAAAUCAGGACUUCAAUUCUUGGUUUAACUUUGAGGAUGAUGGUUUACAAGACCAUGAUGCUGUGGGCCUUGACAUACCUAUGGAUGACCUUUCAGAGUUGAUGUUUUAGGGGCAGUAUCGUUGUACAUUCUUGUGGAUUAUUUAACUGUUUAGAUGUAAGAUUCUCUUUUUACAUUGUUUUUUGGGGGCCAGGGAGAAAAAAAGGAAGAGAGGAGGGGGGCGGGGGGUUUACUGCUAGUUUAAGCUGUGUCCUGGCCAGUUGGCAUUUGUAAUUAUUGGCCAUUCUUUUUGUACAAUUAUAUGAGCAUAAUUAGCGGGAAAUCCCCAUUGUUUUUGAAUUAUACAGGACUAUUUUUCCUUUCUCAA